UGAUGCCAGUCCCUGCACCGAUCUGCAGCAACACGCUUGUGUUGUCCGUACACGGCCAGCAUGCCAUUCGGGCUCCGAAAGCGUGGACUCAGGGUGUCUGCGGGGCCAGGAGGAAUGGGACGGGGCGUUGGGGCAAAGGCACCGGCGGCGAUCAUCGUUUUAAGCCUUCAUCGGGGAUACGGCGACUUCUGUCUGGUGAUUUAGGAUAUUUCUUAAAACUUUUUCCUCUUUUUAACACGGUAUAACAGGAAACAUGACUUCAGUUUGGAAGAGACUUCAGCGCGUUGGAAAAAGAGCUUCGAGGUUUCAGUUUGUGGUGUCUUAUGAAGAACUGAUUAUCGAGUGCACGCAGAAGUGGCAGCCUGACAGCCUCAGAGUGGUCUGGACCAGGAGAAGUAGACGCAUCUGCUCCCGGCUUCAUGGGUGGCAGCCGGGGAUUCAGAACCCGUACCGGGGCACAGUGGUGUGGCAUGUGCCUGAAAACGUGGAGCUCGCUGUCACUCUCUUCAAGGACCCCAAUGCUGAGGAGUUUGAAGACAAGGAGUGGACAGUAGUUAUUGAGAAUGAGAUGAAAGGCCGCCGCAAACUGCUGGCCUGUGCAGAGGUGAACCUGAAGCAGUUUGCCGCUCCCUCGCAGACCAGCCUGCUGCUCCAGCUGAAGCCGCUCUCUGUCAAGGUGGUGCAGGCAUCCCUCAGGCUCUCGCUGACGUGCAUCUUCCUCAAGGAGGGCAAGGCCACGGACGACGACAUGCAGAGCCUGGCCAGUCUGAUGAGCAUGAAGCAUGCAGACAUCGGCAACAUGGAGGACUUCAACGAGAGUGACGAGGAGGAUGACAGGAAGGCCGGUCGUAGGGUCAGCCAGGUGACAGCCACUGUAGCACCGACCUUUGCGGUACCAAAGGCUCCUCAGGAGUGCGGGCCCGUGACUGUCACCAGCCCAUUUGUACUAGCCCCCCAGCAUGGCGUCAGCACUGUCCCGCCCCUGCCCAGGCCCCCCCUUCACCCCCCCCGAACCCUGCGAGCCGUGGCUGCCUGCACCCAGUACCCCCCACCUGAGGCACGGCCUUCUCCUUACUCCUACAUGGUGCCCGCCUUUGUUCGUGCCCACCCCCCAGCGCUGCCCAAAAUCUUCCAACCCUCUAUGGGCUCAGUCCCCAUGUCUGUAACACGGGACUCUCAUGGUGUCCUGAGUAAUCCUGCUGAGGACUCUGGCCCCCCAGCUCAGGACCCUUUAACCUUCACCACUUUCCGGCCAAGGCCUGUUCCAUCCCUGUCCUCCUCCACCUCCAGCUCCUGCACUGUCCAUCUCCCUCCACCCCCCAGUGUUCUCUGUAAAGCUGUCAGAUCUGUGGCACGUGCUAAUGCCUUGAGAAGGCAUGGUGCUCCUGGCAAUCACGUCCCCCCUGCCCCUGAUGGUUCUGAUGGUUCCUCCCCCCCAGGGGCACGCCAGCCUAGGAUGGGCAAGGCCAUGCUCUCUGAGCCUGCCGGCGUCCUCACGAAGCCCGCCAGCCUGCCCACUGCCCUGCAUGCAGUCCCAUCACCCUGGCAAACUCCAUUGGGCAGUGGUCCUGCUGUGCCUCAUGCCUUCUCCUCUGGAAGCCAUUGUGACAUUUCUGUUUGUGAGCCCAGAGGUAGUCUGAUCACACUUCCUGCCCCACCUGACAUCUCCCAUCAGCCUGAUAGUUACCCCUCCCCGGAAACACCAACUGAAGUUCAAAGGCAGUUGGGUGCUUUGAUAGAAGAAGAUGAUUUGUAUAUUUCUACAUCUAAUGAGAGGCAGGCCAAGCCUUUUAAGGCCCACAGUGAGAGGAGGCGGGACGCUAAGCUGUCGCCAGCAGCAAAGCUGACAACAGGCUCGGAGAGCAUGCUUGCUCUUCAGCCAUCUUGUCCAAGAAUUGCCAGAAGUCCUGGUUUUCCAUCACAGAUAGCUAACAGAGAUAAGACCCUGUUCGCAGAGCGGUCAGUGGAAACAAAGCUUUUUUGGACACCGAUGUUGAAAGAGAAUCCAGUGCAUACCAAACUUCCUUGCCAAAGCUUGGAUAAAAAGUACAAUGACACAGAUGUUGUGAAGAAAAUGGUGGCCCUGCGUCCAUCUUGCCCUAGAUUAGCCAGAAUUCCUGGCUUUCCAUCAGCACAGCAACUUAAAGCACCUGUGGUCCAGAUGGAGAAGACUCCAAAUAUGGUAAGUCUUCUUCCGUCUUGUCCAAGAAUUGCAAGUAUUCCUGGCUUCCCUUCAAGACAGCCAGUCAGUUCCCAUGAUAUUCAAAUUGAAAGAUGGCAUAUGCACAAGAGGCCAUUGUGGGAAAUGCGGAAGUCAAGACGAAUGCCAAGUCUCUCGUCUUCUCAAGGAAAAGACAAAACUUAUGGAAACAAGGAAAUGAUUCUGUCGAUGGCAGCGCUCUUACCUGCAUGCCCAAAAGUCGCCCGUAUUCCUGGUUUUCCCUGUACACAGUUACCCAAAUCAAAUGAAGCCUUUGGAGAAGAAAAGGUAAAAAUGUUGGCUCUUUUACCAUCUUGUCCAAGAUCAUCCUCGAUUCCUGGCUUUCCAUCCAAACAAAUGAAAUCAGACAUGUAUGAAGAACAAAUAUGGCCUACUGGAAAUACAGGGGAGAAGCCAAAAAAGGAAAGAAUUAAGUUUGCCUUGUUUUCCUCUUUAGCUGAGAUGACACUUGAUAAAGAAAGUUUGAAACAUAUGACUGACUUAGCACCAUGUUGCCCAAGUGCAGCCAGAAUUCCUGGGUUCCCAUCCGCUCCAAGGCCCAAAGCACUAGAAAAGGUUCCAAGUAUGAUUAAUUUUCUUCCUUCUUAUUCAAGACUUUCUAAAAUUCCGGGCUUUCCUUCCUUAAAGACUGUUAAUACCAACAUCCAAGAAAAAGAAUGGUUUAUAGCUAAAAAGUCACUGCUUGAGAAGCCAAAUAAGGAGAAGCCAAAGCCGAUAAUAGUGUCUCCACUAUUCCUCUACGAAGUGAUCAAAGACAAAGAAAUGAUGAAUAUGAUGGUGGCCCUUGUGCCAUCUUGUCCAGCAUCGGCAAGUGUUCCAGGUUUUCCAUCUGUACCAAGGCUGCUGUGCAUGGAGGGCACCACUGAUAUGAACAGGUAUUCCAUGACUACUCUAGUGCCAUAUUGUCCAAGGAUUUCAAAGAUUCCUGGCUUCCCUUCAUUGCAGUUAACUAAGUUUGAAGCAGAAGAUUGGUCAUUGCUUAAAGAGCCUUUGAGCAGGAAGCCCCUGAAGACAAAUCAGGCAAGGUGCUUAAGUACAUGUUCAGCACUUUUUGGAUCAGAGGAGAAAGAAAUUAUGAGACUUACGGUGGCUUUGUUGCCUACUUGCCCAAGAGAGGCUCGUAUCCCUGGUUUCCCAUCUGCUCAUUCACCAAACAGCCGAUCCCAGUGUUCAGCAUUUAAAGGACAAUCUGAAACAAGCAAAGGACAUUUGUGGGAAGAGAAAACCUUUGACAGUCAGGUAGAAAUUUUUGAUGACUUGGAUGAGGCUAAUGUUCAUGAGAAUACAAUUAGUGAUGUUACGUCCUGGAGUGUCAAGAAUGAAAAAACAGCUUUGUACACAAGCACUCAAUUUGAAUUAAACAAAGAAGAAGCUGACCUUUUUGUAGAGCAGAAGGAGCCAGAAUGUGACACUCUAGAAAGGGGGCUCUUGCACUGCAGAAUGUGGCACUCGGUGCCCAUGGGUCUGCCAGUGCUUUUGGCAGUUAGACAGAGGCCCAUGGGUGAUCUUCCCACUUCAGGGUCUGUUUCACUGUUGACAGAUAAAUAUACAGACAUUACUCUGAGAAGCCAAGAAAUCCCCCGCCACACAUUUUCUCCUGCACCUACUGCUCUUGACCCCAAGGUCCAGUUUUGCUUGAUAGACCUCCCUGUCAGUAUUGUGAAGCAGGAAGAGUGCACUCCGUACACAGUGAAGCGAGAGAAGUCACACAAGGAUAGCAUACCUGACAGUAUGGUUGCUCUAUGGCCAACAUGCUCAAGAUUUUCCAAAAUCCCGGGGUUCCCAUCAAUAAAUGUACUAAGUGAAAUGGAUGGUAAGGAGGCAGCCUGGCAGGUGGUAAAGAAACCAUUGUGGGAGAGACCACUGAAAGUAAAUUCAGAACUGUCUCAGGCACUGGGGAAAUCACCAGUAAUCACCAGUGAAUCAAAAGAUAUGACAGGGUGGAGUAUGGUGGCUUUGGUGCCAUGUUGUUCAGAAACAGUAAGUAUUCCAGGUUUUCCAUCAAUACCAAGACCCCGAGCAGAAGAGUCUUCCAUAGGAAAGAUUCCAAAUAUGGUGAAUCUUCUGCCAUGCUGCCCACGAAGUCCCACAGUUCUUGGUUUUCCUUCAGCACACACAUCCAUCAAAGAAAACAUUUUGGUACGGGAAUGGUUGGAAAUCAACAGACUGUGGAAGACACGGCCAAAGAGGAAGCUACUGCUUCCUUCUCCAUUUCAAGAUCAGUAUCAUGAGGAUAAAGAUUUCCGCGGUAUGUUUGCUCUGGCACCAUCUUGUCCAAGUGUUUCCAAAAUUGCUGGCUUUCCAUCAGCACAGUGGCCAAAGUCAGAGAAUGCACUGAUCCAAGGAAUCUCUAAGGAAUUUCUAUCCCGUCAGCCUCACAUCCUCUCGAAUGACACUACCCAUGUUGAUGGUGAAAUACUCACACCUGUGUCAGGCAUGCAGCUUGUUAGCGCCCCUUUGGCUAACGCAGAAGCAAAUGACAGUAGCGGCAGCAAACCCAACAUGCAUCUAACUUUGUCCAGUGACUCCAGUCUUCCGUUUCAUCCUGUUGGUGAAAUUAAAUUAAUUAUGCUGGAAAGGGAUAAUGAGGAAAUGAAAGUUGGUAGAAGGGAGGCAGCAAAAAGCAAAGUGGAUGGGGGUUAUGAGAGAGUGGCUGCUAUGUUGCAACCGGCUCAUCCAACAUCAGUUACUGGCCAUUUGGAUAGUACCAUGGUCACUGCUAGGAACACAGAAGCGAGUGAGCCAUCGUCCUUAAGUUCAAAACAGGAGCCCUUCAUUAUCAGCCAAAAGGCACAAGAUGUGGAGGAGCCUCAUACCAUUGAGGUGGCUAAUGAUGGGAAAAUGGAGUUCCCAAAUAGUGCUGAACCAUGCAGCCGCUGCUUGGUAGAAAGUGAAAUGAACCAGGUGAAAGAUCAAUCUCCAUCUCCAUCAUCACCUCGAGAAAGCGAGGAUGCAUUCAGUGGUGAUGAAGGUCAGCCAUGCCUGGAGAAAAGGCCACCUUUGUCAGAAGCAGUCAAACAAGAAAUAUCCUUUAAGAAACGUGAGGAUGCAAACAAUGAUGAUACUGCCCUAGAUGAAAAAUCCCCAGCUUUAAACGAUGAAAAAGGCCAAAAGCAGGAUUUUGAGGAAGUAUUAGGAAAGGAGGAUGCAUCGCAGGAGGUGGGGGCCUUACUGUCUGCGUCAUCAUGUCUGGACACGCGCUCAAUGAGACAGCAGGUGGCGCCUAAAGACUUGCCUGUUCCGAUGCCCCGUGUGAAGAAACGCCUUAGCGCCUCUUUGUCUGAUGACACCACAUCUCUAACCACCAGCAGUCAUGGGGGGGUCCAGCCCCCAGCAGCCAGUGAGCCCCUGCCUCCCAAGGUGUCCACUGCUAAUCCUGAAUUGGUGGAGUCAAGCCAGUCCCUGCUGCAGUGGUGCCAGGGGGUCACUCAGGGCUAUAAGGGUGUGAAAAUCAGCAACUUCAGCACCUCCUGGAGGAAUGGCAUGGCUUUCUGUGCCAUCCUGCACCACUUCUGCCCAGACAGGGUGAAUUAUGAAAUGCUGGACCCAUAUGACAUCAAAGAAAAUAACAGAAUGGCAUUCAGCGGAUUUGCAGACCUGGGCAUUUCCCCGCUGUUGUCGUCCUCGGACAUGAUGCUGCGGGCUGUGCCUGACCGACUGAUCGUGAUGACCUACCUGAGCCUCAUCCGCACGCACUUCACUGGGCAGCAGCUCAGCGUGGUGCAGAUCGAGCACAACAGCAGCCAGUCCAGCUACAGCGUGGAGGGGCCCCCCAGCAGCACUGACACACAUGAGGCUUUUCGCUACUGUGCCCAGAGGCUGCAGGCUGGGGCCACCCUGCAGGAGACUGAGGGCAAGUUGCCGGAGGAACCGACUCAGUUCAAUGGGAACUUGGUCCCGCCUCCGAGAAACAAGCGUGUCCUGAAAGCUGAGGAAGGUAGGGCGACAAGUCAGCAGGAAGGACAGGAGGCAGCACUGCCCCCCGUCGCCCCUCCCAGAUGCCGCGCUGCAGCCUCCAGGUCCAGCUUCAUCCGUGUGCGAGAUGCAGACCUUGUGAAGAAGCGACGUUCCCAGCAGAGGAGUCUGUCUAUGGAGGAUGCAGAUGUGCCUGAACAGAGUGCCCCCCACAGGAGUGCAGAGGGUUCUGAGAUGCAGAGAGAUAGCAAGUUGAAACGUGGGUCUUCUGGUACGAGUGAGCCUGGCGAGUCAGCAGUUGCAGAGCCUGGUGUGAUGGGGGAAGAGGGUGGACUUCAGGAGGAUGAGAGUACAGACAUCAGUCAGUAUGUGCAGAGUGAGAUGCAAGCCCUAGAAAGUGAACAGAGGCACAUUGAUAACAGAGCCAAUGUGGUAGAGAAGGCCCUGAGACAACUGAUGGAGAAAGGCAACGACCGUGCCGAGGAGGAGAAGCUGAUCCAGGAAUGGUUUACUCUAGUAAAUAAGAAGAAUGCCCUCAUCCAGAGACAGGAUCACCUGCAGCUUCUGCAAGAGGAGCGGGACCUUGAGAGGAGGUUUGAGCUGCUGAACCGAGACCUGAGAGCCAUCAUGGCCACAGAAGAGGGGCUAAAGACAGAGGCCCAGCAGCACAGGGAGCAGCUGCUGCUGCAGGAGCUGGUGUCACUUGUCAACCAGAGAGACAAGCUGGUCCAGGACAUGGACGCCAAAGAGAGACGGGCACUGGAGGAGGACGAGAGACUAGAACAAGGCCUGGAACAGAGACGCAGAAAGUACAGUCGCAAAGAGAAGUGUGCACUGCAGUGAGAGUGCAGCUGCGAAGAGCAGUGUGCACUGCAGUGAGAGGGCAGCCGUGAAGAGAAGUGUGCACUGCAGUGAGAGGGCAGCUGCGAAGAGCAGUGUACACUGCAGUGAGAGGGCAGCUGCACCUCUCAGCCAUCAACAGCAGCUGGUGUCUUUCAUAUUAUAAGACUCAUCCCAAGACACUUUUGAACCGAGGACUGAAUGGAUUUCUUGUUGACAAAUUUUUGAGUGUUCUUUAUUUCAUAACUAUUGUGUGCCUGUUCAUUUCUGCCUGUUUUUCAUAUAAGACCAUAAUUCUAAUUUUAAAAAUAAUUGUUGAUAUUAUUGAUACCUGAUUUAUUUUAAUGUAAGAGAACCUCUAUUGUGUUAAACACAUGUUUUGUUUGGUAAAUGGGCUCAUUUUGCUUCUGCUGGAUUGUCAAGUAACAUCAUAAGGGGCUUUUGGGAUGAGCCAUCAAGGCUCUGCCUCUGGACAUCAUGUCUAGGAAAAUACUGUAAAGUAUAGUGUAGAACAUCAAUGCCAUAUGAACGUUUUGGAGGGCAAUAUAUGCUGGAGUAUAUUUUUGAAUAUUGUGAUGAAAAGAUGAGAUAUAGCGAUUGAAUGAUAGCAAAGAACAUUCAGGUUUAUGUUUAUUUGUAGUUUACCUCCUUAAUCAAUGAAUACUUAUUUGUCUAUUCUUAGUGGCAAAACUGAGACUGCCAAGCGUACUGCGUCAAUUAUAAGCAAGCAGGCUAGACAUGACCAAAUUUGCCAUUUCUUGUUAAAGUAUGCUUUAUGGGAAUAUUCACACCUACAUGGGAUACUGCUGCACAGACAAACAGUCUUCUGGGAAGGGGAUAAAUGUUAGACUAAAUUGUGUGUUAUAUGUUUUAUAAUUUCAUCCCCCUCUCAUUUAUUUUCCAGGGGUACACUGGCACUUUAAACUGAAACCAAAUCGCUACUAAAUUCAACAGUUCUCACAUAAAUAGAAACCUUUGAUAAAACACAUAACAGCUUCAGCUACUUCACUGUCCAAAAUUAAGCAAAAAAUUAAAUGGGCUGUUUGACUUAUGGUUUCAUCAAGAAAAAGGUGUUGAAAGGUCAAACUCUACUGGUACCUGAAUGACUGUCACACUGUGGGUGAGUGAACUGGGCUGAAUGUUUCUUGCUGGACGUCCCUCUCCUGGUAUCCCUGCUGUUACUGCUCUUGCUGCUGCUGCUGCAGUUCUUUGGCUUGGGAUUUUCCCUGUGUUGAUGAUUAUGGAUUAAACUAAAAGUGUAUUCUAGCCUUUCAUUUACAUCUUGAUUUUUAAUCAAAUCCCACAGCUGUGUACCUUAGAAAACUUCACUUAUCUUUAACGUGUUUGCACUCUUUGUAAAAUGUGUGUUAGAAGAAUAAAAUUAUUUUGGACAAUAA